AUGGACCAAAGCAAUGAUACUUCUCUACAUGGCUUUAUUCUGCUUGGUUUCUCUGAUCAUCCCACACUUGAGAUAGUCCUGUCAGGAGUUGUCACCAUAUUCUACUUAAUUACAUUGGUGGGAAACACUGCCAUCAUUCUUGCAUCCCUCCUGGAUUCCCAGCUCCACACACCAAUGUAUUUCUUCCUCCGGAAUCUAUCUUUCCUCGAUCUGUGCUUCACAACCAGCAUCGUCCCUCAGAUGUUGGUUAACUUGUGGGGACCUGAGAAGACCAUCAGCUAUGUGGGCUGUAUAGUUCAACUCUAUAUUUAUAUGUGGCUGGGUUCCAUCGAGUGCCUUCUCCUUGCUGUUAUGUCCUAUGAUCGUUUUACCGCAAUCUGUAAGCCCUUGCAUUACUUGGUGAUCAUGAACUCACAUCUAUGUCACAAGGUGGUUAUCAUGGUCUGGAGCAUUAGUUUGGCCAAUUCUGUAUUAUUAUGUACACUCACACUGAACUUGCCUCGAUGUGGAAACAAUGUUCUGGAUCACUUUUUGUGUGAGCUGCCAGCUAUGGUCAAGAUAGCUUGUGUGGACACCACAACAGUUGAAAUGUCUGUUUUUGCCUUGGGCAUUGUCAUUGUUCUUACACCUCUCAUCCUUAUCCUGAUAUCUUAUGGCUACAUUGCUAAUGCUGUGUUGAGAAUGAAGUCAAAAGCAGGCCAACGAAAAGCAAUGAAUACCUGUGGUUCCCAUCUCACUGUGGUGGCCAUCUUCUAUGGGACCAUUAUCUACAUGUACCUGCGACCAGGUAAUAGUGCCUCCAAAGAUCAAGGCAAAUUCCUCACUCUCUUUUACACUAUUAUCACUCCAAGUCUCAACCCUCUCAUUUACACCUUAAGGAAUAAGGAUAUGAAGAAUGCACUGGAGAAGCUUGUUUGUGUUGAGAAGUCUGCUGCUAAUCUUAUGGGUUUUCCUCUGUAGGUGACUCUUUGUUUUUCUCUUGCAGCCUUCAGGAUCCUUUCUUUAUCCUUAUUCCUUUCCAUUCUAAAUAUGAUGUGUAUUGGUGUCUUUAAG